GUCCAAUGUAUUACAAUGGAGUCUAUCAUCUAUUCUACCAGUACAAUACAAAUGGAGUAGUAUGGGGCAACAUUGUUUGGGCUCAUUCAGUAUCCAGGGACUUGGUUAAUUGGAUCAACUUAGAACAUGCCAUUUAUCCAUCCAAAGUGUUCGAUAAAUAUGGUACAUGGUCCGGGUCAACCACUAUUCUUCCAGGCAACAAGCCCAUUAUCCUCUACACUGGAAUAGUGGAUGACAAACAAACCCAAGUACAAAACUAUGCAAUACCUGCUAACUUGUCCGACCCAUAUCUCCGUGAGUGGAUCAAGCCUGAUGACAAUCCGUUAGUAGUAGCUGAUGAGAGCAUCAACAAGACCAAAUUUCGUGACCCAACAACAGCUUGGUUGGGCCUUGAUGGGCGUUGGAGAAUGGUGGUUGGUAGUCUUAGAAAGCAUAGAGGACUAGCAUUAUUGUACAGGAGUAAGGACUUCAUGAAAUGGACCAAAGCCCAACAUCCACUUCAUACAUCAGCCAAUACUGGAAACUGGGAAUGUCUUGAUUUUUUUCCAGUAUCAAUGAAUUAUACAGAUGGUUUGGACCCAUCAUUUGAUGGUGACAACAUUAAACAUGUUCUUAAAGUUAGUCUUGAUGUUACUAGGUAUGACUACUACACAAUUGGUACCUAUAACACAAAAAAAGAUAGGUACUUUCCGGACGAAACAUUGGUUGAUGGAUGGAAGGGAUUGAGACUGGACUAUGGUAAUUUUUAUGCAUCGAAGACUUUCUAUGAUCCUAGCAAGAAUCGGAGAAUUUUGUGGGGAUGGGCCAACGAAUCGGAUGCUGUUCCUGAUGAUGCAAUCAAGAAAGGAUGGAGUGGAAUUCAGGCUAUUCCCCGCAAAAUGUGGCUUGAUCCUAGUGGCAAAAAUUUGGUUCAAUGGCCUGUUGAAGAAUUAGAAACCCUGAGAAAGCAAAAGGUCGAGCUAAGAAUUCACAAAUUGGACAAGGGAGAAAAUGUUGAAGUUAAAGGAAUCACAGCCGCGCAGGCUGACGUCGAAGUUACAUUUUCCUUUUCAAGCCUCGAAAAUGCAGAAGAAUUUGAUCCUAGUUGGGAUGAUCUUUAUGCCCAAGAUGUAUGUGCUAUUAGGGGUUCGACAGUUCAAGGUGGACUUGGGCCGUUUGGGCUCCUAACACUGUCUUCUGAAAACUUGGAAGAGUAUACACCGGUGUUCUUCAGAGUGUUUAAGGCCCAAGAUAAAUACAAAGUUCUUAUGUGCUCUGAUGCCUCAAGGUCAACGGUCAGGGAUAACAAGAAAAUGUAUAAACCAUCAUUUGCUGGAUAUGUUAAUGUAGAUUUAUCAGACAAAAAGUUGUCACUGAGGAGUUUGGUUGAUCACUCUGUAGUAGAAAGUUUUGGUGCCGGUGGGAAAACAUGCAUUACAUCAAGGGUUUAUCCAGGAUUAGCCAUCGAUGACGAAGCACAUUUAUUUGCUUUCAACAAUGGCACUGAGAUAGUCACAAUUGACACUCUUGAUGCCUGGAGCAUGGAUAAAUCCGAGAGAUGAAAUAAAAUGUUGGGAGAAAGGAAGAAAAAAUAAUUAGUCUUCAUUUUUUAUUUUCUCUUUUUAUGUUGGCCUUUUUCUUUCUUGGAGAAAACUUGUACAGAUUUGCUACUUCCAGUUAAUCAGCAAUAAAAUAUGCAUCUUUUUUUAUUAAGACUG